GUAUGUUUCUGUCUGGCUCUGGUUGGGCCCUUUAAUUUUGUGCACGAGCAGUCCAAGUUAAUCCAAUGUGGGUACGAGUUUAAUGACGUGAUCCCCAUGCGCGCGCGUUGAUGGUGUCGGUUUGGAGAACGCGCAAAGGGCAGCAAUGGCCGCUGUGGAUCGGCGAAAUCCUAAUCUCGACGAUUUUGUUGGAUUUAAUUGGAGCUCUUGGAUAGAUAGAGCUAAUAUUAUCCCUUCAGAAGGGCCUAUUCCAGAAGAAUGCAACAAGUAUGAGAAGAAAAGAGCAGAGACCAUGACUCUCAUGAAGGAGGACAUGUCCAUAUAUGGCCAUUGCCCAGAACGUGAUGACUUCUACUUGGUGGUGUGCAGCCACUGUGGUCAGGUGAUCAAGCCACAAGCUUUUGAGAAGCACUGCGAGAGACGCCACGGGUCCAUGAGCAAGCUUUGCAGCCCUCCCUUUCCCUCAGCUCACCAGCAACGUCCUAGACCUGGCCGCCCCCCUUCACUCGCCCCGCCCCCCCGUGAGAGGCUGGCCAGCAGGCACCAGGGAGCUGAGCCCCCCUCAACACCCUCCGUCACCCAGCACAGACCCGUCAGAUCUCAGAAGGAGGAAGUGAGUUUACCUCCAGUGGAGGAACUGUCUCAGGACAGCCCUCCCUUGCCGUCUGACUCCCCCUCCCCUCGGCCCAGGGCUUCCCCCUUGGAGUCAGGACCCCAGACCCCAGACAAGACGCCCUAUUCCACACCACAGAAGCUCCCGCUGCAGAGAGCCGUGGCUGGGCAGCUGGAGGACACUCACCUUACCCUUGGGGGCCGCAGAACGGACAGCAGAACCUUUAAGAAGGUCUACAAGAAAGAAUGUGACCUGGAUAAGCACUGUGGAGUGCUGGACCCAGAGAGGAAGAAGCUAUGUACCAGGCAGCUCAUGUGCAAUAUCCACUCCAUCCACCAGCGACGGAAGGUUCUGGGCAGGAGUAAGACGUUCGACCAGCUGGUGGCAGAGCAGAGGACGGGCUCCAAGGGCCGAGACCUGGAGCAAACCGUGGCCUGCAGGGACUCUCCUAAAGAGCCCUUGCCACACACAGAGGACCCGGUGGGGCCUCAACACAGCAGGCGCGUCCUCAGCAACUGCACAAUUCUCAGAUCCAGGGACCCGUCAGAGAGUGGUGAAGAGGACGAGGAGAAUGGAGUAGGGGUGGAGGUACAGCCCCCCUACCCCUUCAACCAGAGCCUGCCGUCCAGUGAGGGGAGCGACUCAGAGGACCAGGAGGAUGCUGGGGAGGAUCUGCCCGCCACCCCCUGGCACCCCAGACCUAUGGGGCUAUGCACUUUUGGAAGCCACACAAUGGGCUGUAGUGUCUUCACUUUUGACCGGCGGUUGCACCACCUACGGUUUGCACUCAGUGCCAUGAUGGAACAUCACCUCAGUGCCCACUUGUGGAAGAAAAUACCUCAGAUGACUGGUUUACGGUCGCAUCAAGCUUCCAUCACCCCCCCCAUCUCCACAGGGUUGUCGGUCAGAGCUGGGAGCAGAGCUGCCCCUCUCUCUCGCCCCUCACUCAGGUCUCCACCCACCUCUCACCCACACAGAGCUUCAGGCAGGGAGAACUGCUCCUCCAGCCCCGGCUCCACCUCCCCAGGACAGUCCCAGACCAAGAGUGGUCAGCACAACCCCUCCUCCUCCACUCCUAGACACGCCCCCGGCCCGGGGCGACCCCGCAACCCGGUGGGGAGACCCAGCAAGGCCCGCCUCCGAGAGCGGGAACUCAUGCGCGCCGCCAACGCGGAGAAGACAAAGCCUCCAUGUGACGAGGACCAAACCCCCAAGCACAUCAGGGAACACCCACUCCAGGAGCGCGGUAGACAACCAGACCCCGCCAGACUCUACCCCUCUCCUUCCUUCCAGGGACCAGUCAAUGGCGCUCUCACAGUAGGAAAGAAGCCAUGCACUUCGCCACAACCCUCAGAGUGGUACUCGCCCUCACCGGGCUCGGGGAAGCGACCUCCGCCACCUCCCCUCCGUCCUCCGCUCCCCUCCCCCCGGGGUAGGGGGCGACCCCCAGGGCUGCACAGGAGGGUGGGGGGCUAUGACCACAAGGGCCUAGCCAAGAAACGUAAAAGCAGCAGCAGUGGCGGCGGAGGUGGUUCCCCUAGUCUCAGCACCCCAUCCUCCCUGGCCCCGAAGUCCCUCUGUCUGACCCCACACUCCCAACCCAGCAUGCUCUCCUGGCGGGGGGAGAGCAUGGGAGGGGUGCUCGCCAGGGGCAUGGAGAAGAGGAUUGAUCCCCAAAGACCAAAAGGAACCCUACCAACACUAAGGAACACUGCCUUAUGAAAACACUUGCAGAGCCAUCCCACAGCAGUGUACUGUUACUGCCAGCACAGAUAUUUGUGUGUUUGUGUUUGUUUCUGUGAUUACAAGUCAUUAGGAGCUAGUAUGUUUGUUACAGGCGUUGAGUUGCUUUGUAUGUCACUGAAUGGAUCAGUUGAUUUCCUGUUUUGAACAUAGAGAUACCUCAAAACGUAAUUGUAAUGCUGCUAAAAUGAAAUGUGGGAAAUUUGAUUAAAGACAAAUUGACUG